UCAAGCAUAUACGAAUAUGCCAUUGCUAAUAACCCUCUCUUGUGCUCUGAUGGAUUUAUCACUACCCUUUUCCUUUUAGUUUUUCUUACAACUUCCUUUAUUUAUAAGCAUAUAAAGUUUGCAUGCUAGAGAAAUAUUAAAUAUGGAGUAUCUUUUUAUAAAUAUUGUUGUGUUUGAUCUCAACAUCCUCCAUCAUUUAUGUUUUGAUAGAGAAUUAAAUAUAUAAACAUUUUCUUUUAUUUAGUUUUCCUUUAAUUUCUUUUUCUUCUCUUGGUUAUGCUUUGUCCAAAGAUAUUAAAUUUUCCUUGUAUACUAGCAUUUGAUUUUUGCUAGAUUUUAGCUUUUAUUCAUAGUUAUAAGGUCAUUUUAAGUUGCAUAAUUAUAAUAAUUCUUGGUACAAACUAUUAAAAAACAAAAUAUAUGCAUUUAAUUUUUUUAAUUUUUUUGAAUAGCUUCAAAUAAAAUCUCUUCAUACAAUUUUUGUCUUUGGAGAAGAAUUAAGUUUUUUUUUGGAAAGUUGAAGAGAAUGAGUAAAGAAACACAAAAAGUAGUGGUGAUCCAAGAUGCAUCAAGAGAUGUUGGUUUAAAGGCUAUAGAAAAGGCCCUCAAAAAGUUAUCUGUUAAAGCUGGAGAUCAGCUUAUAAUUGUUGCCAUUCUUAAUUGGUUUAGCAGUCCUAUGGGUUAUAUGGUCUCAGUUGAUUCAACUUAUUUUGUUUCAUCAAACAAGAAAAUCAUUGAAGAAAACUAUACCAAGAGAAAGAAUGAUUAUCAUAUGAAUCGAUAUAUCAACAAGCUCUCUGAUUACUGUCAAAUGAAUGAGAUUGAAUUCCAACUAGAAGUGCUUGUUGGACCAGCUUCACAAGUCAUUUCUGAGGCUGCAAGAAAAUUUCAGCCUACAAGUUUGAUACUUGAUAGACAGAUCCACAGAAACAUGAAGAAUUUCAUGGACAGGAUCCCUUGUGGUAUGUAUAGGAUAACAAGUGACAACUCCAUUGAAAAGUUGAAAGAUCCAAAAUCAGCAGCUACAAAAUUUGCUGAAAAGCAAGAAAAUAUAAGUUAUUCAGAAAUGAUACCAGGAAGUUCAGAUGAUGGAGUUUCUCUUCAUAUGUCCAAAUCUUCAUCUAAUGUUGAUCUUUCCGCGUCAACCGGAGUUUCAAGUCCAUGGAGUACUGAUGCAUCUUCUUCUGUCAUUGGAAGUUCACAAUAUGUCCUUCAAAAAUACCAAGUUGGAGAGUUUUUUCCAAAUAUAGAACAAGAAAAACAAGGUUCACUAUUUGAUAUUUCUGAAAAUCAAGAAACAAGCCGAACAGAACUAAAUCAAAAGGCGAUACUAAUCGACAAUGAAGCGUAUCAUUUGGUGGAGGAUGACUUUACAAAUCCAGUUUGUUCUGUGUGCAAUAACAGAAGACUGAAAAUUGGAUCAAAAAGAGACUUCAGUUAUAUAGAACUUUACACUGCUACACAAGGAUUUUCUGCUAAGAACUUUUUGUCAGAAGGUGGAUUUGGAUCUGUUUACAAAGGACAAUUGAAUGGAAUGACAAUUGCUGUUAAGCAACAUAAGAGUGCUAGCUUCCAAGGGGAGAAGGAAUUUAAGUCUGAAGUGAAUGUACUUAGAAAAGCAAGACAUGAGAAUGUGGUUAUGCUAAUAGGUUCAUGUUCUGAAGGAAAUAAUAGGCUUCUUGUUUAUGAAUAUGUAUGCAAUGGAUCACUUGAUCAACAUCUAUCAGAACACUCUAGAUCACCUCUAACUUGGGAAGAUAGGAUCAAAGUAGCUAUUGGAGCUGCCAGAGGCUUACUAUACUUACACAAAAAUAACAUAGUACACAGAGAUGUCAGACCAAACAAUAUCCUUGUAACACAUGAUCAUCAACCAUUGAUAGGAGAUUUUGGACUAGCAAGAACUCACAACAAAGAUUUGACACACUCAACAGAAGUUGUUGGUACAUGGGGGUAUUUGGCACCAGAAUAUGCAGAAUAUGGCAAAGUUUCAAGUAGAACAGAUGUAUAUUCUUUUGGAGUGGUUCUACUACAGCUUAUAACUGGAAUGAGAACUACAGACAAAAGACUUGGAGGAAGAAGCCUUGUGGGAUGGGCAAGGCCACUUUUAAGAGAGAGAAACUAUCCUGAUCUAAUUGAUGAAAGGAUCAUUGAUACUCAUGAUUAUCAUCAGUUAUUUUGGAUGGUACGGCUAGCUGAGAAAUGUCUAAGCAGGGACCCUAAGAAAAGACUGAGUAUGGUUGCGGUUGUUAAUGCUUUGACUGACAUUUCAGAAGGCAACACAUGUGACCUUGUAACAGGAGAUUACUCCCCUGCAAGGUCAGAUUCAUCUUAUAGUGAAUCAGAGUUUGAUGAAAAUGAAGAUGAAAUACAAGGACCCUUUGAGGAGGAAGGUGAGUUACAAAUCCUCAAUUCAGAAUCUACAGAAAUCAACAACAUUAUUACUCAAAUGAGGCAUAUGAUUGUGAGACAGCCACCAUCUCCUCCAUUUAAAAGCAUCUAUUCAAGUGGCUCUAGUUCAUUUCAGUUUUCUGAUGAGUCAAAUAGUGAUUGUGAAGCACAUCAUGAAACGAAUAAAGAAAUACCAAAACUUAAAGUGGCUUCACUCAACUCUUAAUUAGAUGGUGAAAAAAAUAAGAGAAAGUUUUUAGUUUAGAUCAUUGAAACACAUAAACUUUCCACUUUAAUUGUAGUGUUGAAGUGGUUUCUUUCUUGUGUUAGUAUGUUAUUAUUCAGCUAUGAUGACUUUAUCUUUUGUAAUCAAGUGCAACUAUUAUCAGUUAUGACAGUAUCAAUAAAAUAUAUUUGU